AUCAACAGGAAUAAUGGAAUUAAUAAACGCACAGACACUUGGCUUCAUAAUUGCCUUUCUUGUCGCUUUAGUCGCAUUGGUCAUGGCAUUGUCAAAACGAUUCCCAAUAGAGAAAAUAAUACCUUCGACUCCAAAGAGGAAAGUACCUGUACGGUAUGAUGAUCAUGAUCAACCGUCGAUUCGUAAUCGGCGGCUAACGCUCACAGAGCAGAGGUCACCUGAUAGGGAAAAUUUACUAAGGAUGGCUUCAAUGCAACCUUUAGUGAGUUCAUCACCGCCUAUAUCACCUACAUCUACGACAAGAGCAAGACCGUCUUCACCCACUCCAAGGGCAUCUACACAUCCGGAUAGGCCAUCUUCAUCCACUCCGGCUGAGCUAUCUACAACAACCACGUCAAGAGCAUCUACACCUCCGGCUAGGCCAUCUACAGCCACGCUUAUGGCACAUACACCUCCGGCUAGGCCAUCUACACCAACUCCAAGGGCACUUACGCCUACAGCUAGUCCAUCUUCAUCCACAACAAAGGCAUCUUCACUUCCGGGUAGACCAUCUACAUCCACACCAUCUCCGGCAAGACCAUCUUCGCCCACUCCAAGGGCAACUUCACCUACGACUAGACAACCUUCACACACGCUUAUUGCACCUACAUUUACGGUUGAGGCACAUACACCCACGCCAAGGGCACCUUCACCUCCGGCUAGGCCAUCUUCACCCACUUCAAGGGUACCUACACAUGCAGCUAGUCCUUCUACAGCCACAACAAGGCCAUCUACACCUCCGGGUAUACCGUCUACAUUCAUGCAAAGGGCACAUACACCUCCAGCAAGGCCAUCUUCACCUACUCAAAGGGCACCUACACCUCCGACUAGUUCACCUACAUCCACGGUAAAGGCACCUACACCUCCGACAAGAGAACCUUCACACACUCUUAUUGCCCAUACAUCUACUGUUGGUGCACCUACACCCACUCCAAGGGCACCUACACCUCAAGCUAGUCCAUCUACAUCCACAUCAAGGGCACCCACACCUCCGGGUAGACCAUUAACAUCCCCGCCAAGGGCACAUACAACUCCGGCUAGGCCAUCUUCAUCCAAGUUAAAAGCACCUUCCCCUCCGGCUGGACAAUCACCAACGCUUAUUGCGCCUACAUCUCCGGUUGGGGCACCUUUAUCUGCACCAAGGGCACCUACACCUCCAGCUAGUCUAUUUUCACCAAAGCCAACAGUUGCUUUACCUCCAACUACGGCACCUUCACCACGGCAUGUGACUACCACGCCAAGGGGACCUACAGCUACGGCUUGUCCAUCUUUACCAAUGCCAACAAAUGCUAUACUUUCGGCUACACCUCUGGGUAGACCAUCUUCAUCCCCGCCAAGGGCACAAACAAUUUCGGCUGAGCAAUCUUCACCCACGUUAAACUCACCUUCCCUUCCGGCUACGCAAUCUUCACAAACGCUCAUUGCACCUAUAUCUCCGGUUGGAGCACCUAUAUCCACGCCAAGGGCACCUACAUCUCCGGGUAGUCUUUACUCACCAACGCAAAUAGUUGUUAUACCUCCGGCUACGGCACCUACACCAGCGGCUGUGACACUCACGCCAAGAGCAUCUACACCUCCGGCUAGUCUAUAUUCAUCAACGCCAACAGUUGCUUUACCUCCGGCUACGACACUUACACAAGCGCAUGUGACACCCACGCCAAGAGAACCUUUAUCUCCGGCUAGUCCAUCUUUACCAACGCCAACAGUUCUUUACAAACGACAACCUCCCGCUACGGCACCUACACCAUCGCCUGUGACACUCACGCCAAGAGCAUCUACACCAACACAAAUAGUUGCUAUACCUCCGGCUACGGCACCUACACUAGCGCCUGUGACACCCAUGCCAAUGGCACAUACACCACCGACUAGCCCAACUUUACCAACGCUAAUUGCACCUACAUCUCCGGUUGGAUCACCUAUAUCCAACCCAAGGGCACCUACACCUCCGGCUAGUCUUUAUUCAUCAACGCCAACAGUUUCUUUACCUCCGGCUACGGCACCUUCACCACCGCCUGUGACACUCACGCCAAGAGCACUUACACCUCCGGCUAGUCCAUAUUCACCAACGCCAACAGUUGCUUUACCUCCGGCUACAGCACCUUCACCACCGCCUGUGACACUCACGCCAAGAGCAUCUACACCUCCGGGUAGUCUAUAUUCACCAACGCCAACAGUUGCUAUACCUCCGGCUACGGCACCUACACCACCGCCUGUGACACCCACGUCAAGGGCACCUACACCUCCGGCUAGUCAUUCUUUACCAACGCCAACAGUUCUUUACCAACGCCAACCUCCCGCUACGGCACCUACACCAGCGCCUGUGACACCCACGCCGAGGGCACCUACACCUCCGGCUAGUCAAUCUUUACCAACCCCAACAGUUCUUUACAAACGCAAACCUCCCGCUACGGCAAAUACACUACCGCCUGUAACACCGAUACAUCAACAAGCGGAUAUGGCAGAGCAACUGACAAGGGACCAAGAUCCCGUGAUUGCACACGGGACACAUUUGAAGAACAACAAAUACCGUCAGUGGGUAAAGGCAGGCCUAGGCUUAGGUUAUCUAAAAGAGGGAUUAGUACAAUUUUGUGCUGAUAUAGGAGAACAGCAGCACAAAGAUAUCAUAAACCAAAUUCAAGCAACAAAGACUCCGAAACCAAAUGUACCAUGUGGCGUCUGUCAGAUAACAACCCUUCAGCCAGACCACUUACAAAUAUCAAAAGGAAAAUGCCCCUUUAAUCAAGAUAAAUGUAACUGUUGCUAUCCAAAACAGAAGAACCCCUGUCCAAACAACGUAUGUGGUGCCAUCUAUGACAACAUUCUACAGAAUCAUGCAUCACAUCCACCGGCACCUUUUUGGAAAAACAGCGAUGCCCGUCAUUGGUCCGUUGACCCAUGGAGCAUUUGCAAAUGUUUUAUAAAUGCUCCUGGGUACAAUGACAAGACAUCAGCAGACAAUACGGACUGUGCAGGGUUACUUCAUGUUAUCAUAAAUAACAAAUAUUUUCAUAAUCAUAUUGGAUGCAAUGUUACAGUGCAUAACAAUCUCUUUUCAAAGGUAAGACAGUAUAGAAAUAAGAUUUUCCACUCAAGCAGUAUGGAGUUAGAGGAAAGAGUGGCAAACUCUUAUAUAGAUGAUAUGAUAGCAGUUCUACAAGAUGGUAAGGAACUUGUUCAUCAUCAUGCUGCACAACAAGCUUUGGGGAAACUCCAAGAUUUGAAGAAAGAAGACUUUAUAAUUACUACUGAAAGCUUUGAAGAAAUUCUGACGCAAAUCAAAGAAGAAAUGACAAAAGUUCUUAAAUCAACAGAGGAUGCUGCAACAAAAAAAGAUUAUGAUGAGCUUGAAAAAAAAUUUACUGACCUUGAAACACAGGUUAACAAAGGAAAAGAGGAGAUAAAAAGAUUCAAUGUAGAAGAUUCUCUUCAACAAAAACUGAUAGAAUAUGAAACAGCUAAAUCAGGGCUAAAAGAGGGCUUGGUUCAAUUCUACAAAACAAGACACAGUCAAAUUUUCCUGUCGCCUCUUUUUGAUGAGAAAGACACUCCGUUGUCCUCUUUCUAUAUCAGGCCGGAAUUAAGCUCAAAUGUCUCAACACAGACGGGUAAUGUUGAAAAGAUACUGUCGUUAUCGGAAAUUUUUAAAACUGGAAAUCAAGAAAUAUGUGUACUCGCUGAUGCAGGGCUGGGAAAAACUGCCUUUUCAAAAUAUUUGGCUACCGUUUGGUGUCAAGCUCACAAACCAGACGAAAACAUGAAAGAAGAAUUGUCAAAGGAUGAUAUAGACUGUAUGCAAGAAUUUGAUUUCUUAUUCCUAGUCUUACUGCGAGACUCGGAUGAUUUAUGUUCAAUAGAUGAUCUUAUCUUUGAAAACAUUGUUGAAUGUUUGGGUCUAGAAGAAAAGCUUUCCGAAGAUGUCCUGCUUAAAAUUUUGAAAAAUGAGAAAUGCCUAGUAAUACUAGAUGGACUAGAUGAAUGGACUCACCCAGACAAGAAAUGUUACAAAAAGCCACGAUCGAUCCCCCAUAGGAAGGACCGGGAAAAGUGUACAAUACUGACAACCACGCGACCAUGGAAAAUAGGUGUUUUGAAUCUAAAUUCGAGUCAAUUAGGAAAAAAGGUAGAACUUACAAAACUAAGCUACAUCUCGGCAAUGACACUUUCAAAAAGGAUAAUUCAAAGAUUGAAGUUUCACCCGAAUAAUGAUGCAUUACAAAAUGACGUCAAAAAGUUCAUAGAAGCAAUCAGAAAGAGAGAAAACGCCGAACUUGCUUAUGUACCUCUACUGUUAAUAUAUACAACUUGUUUAUGGUGCGAAGGUGUUCAAAUAGAAAAUUUCAAAUGUGAUCUCUAUAUAAAUAUAGUCGAGCUUUUGUUAUCGAGAACAACUAAGAUCCACGGGGAGCUGAAACUAUUGCGGAAGCUUUCUUCCAGUGACAUCCCAGAAUGCUUUGCUAAAUAUGAUAACUGUACGAAAUACUACCCACUCCUUAUGUACUUAGGAAAAUUAGCUUAUUGUACAUUAUUCAAUGAAACAAAAGAAAACACCCUAGUAUUUGAUGGAUCAAUUGCUGAAAAAUAUCUCACAAAAAACGAGAUGACAUUCGCUCUUCAAUCUGGAAUGUUGUCAGAAAGUACAUCUAAAUCAGCAAGGGAAAUGUUAAGUAAAGUAUCGUUUUCCCACAAAACAGUUCAAGAAUUCUUUGCCGCCAUAUUUAUAAGUUCUCAUAGUGACGAACAGAAAAAUGUUGUAGAAAAAUGUAGACAUGUUCAAGACAUUCUGGAUAUGUCAAAAAUUUAUGAAUUUAUGAGUAGAUUGAAUGCUGACAGUAUAUGUGCAAUAUCAAAUGAUUUGAUGUUUGUGAUAAAUGAAGACGAGACAACACGCAACUAUAGAACUGACACAGAUGACACGCAAAAAGGUUUCGGUAGUCCAUUGUAUCACAUACAGGAAAUGUUCAUGUCGUGUUUACAAGAAAUGCCUGAAAUCAAACAUAUUCAUUUAUGUUUACAAGAUUUUUUCAUUGACCACUUAACCGUGCAUAGUAAGCAGUUACAACAUUUGUUAAAACAAAACAAAACCAACAUAAAAUCACUUGAUAUUAACACUAUGUUUCCUUCCACCCGUUUAAGUGAAAGUAUAGAUUUAUUCUCUCUCAAAGAUCUCGGUAAUAUACAGAAACUUUGUUAUAGAAGUAACGGGCAAAAGGUGGCUUGGAUAAAUCUGUUAUUGUUUCCAAGUUUACAGAACGUUACUUUGUUAACGGGUAAAUGGACAAAUGAUGAAAUUGAAAAUUUUGUGCGAUUACAAGACUUGCAAUAUUUAAAUAUUAGCCUUUUCAAGUUAACUCACAAAAUGCUGGAAACAAUUUUAAAUUUUAUCGCCGGUCAAAAAUCAAUGAAAGAGAUAACAUUGAGCGGGGUAACCUGUAAAGAACACCACUCCGGUUGUAUGAGGUUGAACAUGGACUUUUCGCAACAUUCAACUCUAAGAAAGUUAUGCUUUGGGGCGAUGUGUGGGAUACAAUUAAAUAUAACAACACCGUCAUUAGUUGAUGUUGAAUUAGGGGGAAUGAUUCUAGAUGAAAGUUCAUGGUUACUGUCACGUGACAUGUUGAAUAUUGAACGUGUGGAGUUGUUGUCGAUAGCAUUGCCUCCAGGAAGAUUACAGAACGAUAUUAACCUGCUGGAAAAUCUGCCGAAGUCAGUCACAGUAAAUCUGGUACAGGUGUACCCAGAAAUAGAAUAUGCAUUUGUUAUAGAACACAUUCGGAGGUCAAAAGCUUUUCACGUGAUACAAGAGGACUGGCGUGGGUUUAAGUUCAAAACAAAAAAAUAGACCAGCAAAAUAUUUGUUAAAUAAGCCGAAGAUUUUUUUUAAUACUAAAAAAAUGUAAACGGACAGUGAAAAAAUAAUGGCACUUUGAAUUAUUUUUUAGUUUUAAUUAGGACAUACUUGUACUCCCGUUUUCAGAUAAAUUAUUUGACAAUUGUUUUAUAAAUAAAAACAUUUAAAUGAUAGACAUAAUUCAAGGAAGGUUUUAUGGAACUCAAUGAAUAUAAAAUUUUGAUAAGGAUAUGGAAUGUUUCACAGGUAAGAGACUUUAUAUUGAGUUUUUAUUGCAACCAGUCAAACUCUCACACACACAUAGUUUUUUCUGAAUAUUGUGUCCAGCAUUAUUUGCAACCCAAUGAAAACGAUGUAUUUCUAAUUAAAAAUGUGUGAUGAUUUUCAUAAAGAAAAAAAAGUCAAUAAUAUAUCAAACUCCGUUCAUAUUAGCCUUCUAUUUUUCAUAGUGCUUCAUAGAACCGCGUUCCGAAAAUAGUUGUCUCGGUAAAAAGUGAAUAUUAUUGAAGCUAAAUAAAGCUUGACCCUAACUAUGUUAGUAUUCAUAGCUGUUCUACAGAAAUUAGAAACAUUCUCCAGUCGCUAUUUCUCGCGUCGAAGUAGCUUAAUUCUGUAGAGUAGCACGGAUGAACACUAACAUAUACAUAGUAAUUGUAGGUAAAAUAAGCUAUAUAUUUGUUUUUCAAUAAAAAAAAUGAUUCGAUAAACAUUACAUAAGUGUGUGUGUGGGGGGAGGGGGAAGGGGGGUGCGUGCGUGUGUGUGUCUGACUGUCUGUCUAUGUGUUGUUGCUGUUUUUUCUCAACGGGUUAUUUUUUCCUUAUUCUCGAAAUUUAAUGGUAUCAAUUGCUGUAGUAACAUCUUAUUUGUCCUUUUUACAAUCAGCCUUAAAUUAAGUAUAAUUUUGCAUUUAGAAAAUAUAAUUUGUUACCUGCUUCAUGAAAUAUAUUUAGUUGAAUUCGUUUUUUUUUCUUUUUAUCAAAUCAUAGCAAAUUAAAGACGGCAUAUUUCUUAACUUUUGUAUUAUGUUUCGUUUGGUGAAAAAUUUGAGUAUCAUAAUAAUAAGAUAUGUGCGAUUUUACCUUACCUACACAUAGCGCUCACCUGAACCAUUAGGGUGUUAUCUUAGAUAUUUUGCUUGUAGCGUUGUAAAGAGGACCUCUACAUACCAAGUAUAUUCAAGUUAAAGCCCAGGGUCAUUAAUUGAUAGAAUUUAUAGCAAAUUCCGACUUUCUUUGGCAACUAGUGACGUUCAUGGCGACCUGUGACACUCAAAACAACGGUUACCAUUGACGUUUUAUAGCAAACAGUGACUUACAUACUUAUCGGUUUUUAUCCAUUCAACUUUCUUGUAACUUUUUAAUUUUCAAGUGACUUUAAAUAGCAACCAGUGAUUCAAUUGCAACUACGUACAUUCAUUAUAACCGUUGAUUUUACCUAGCAAUUUGUUAGUUCAAUUGUCUUUACUUUGCAACGACUUUCCUUAGCAACUAGCGGCUUCAAAAGCUAGCAUUGAUUUUGUUAUGGUAUUCGUUUUGGUUAAUUAUGUUGUGCACUUUUGUACUGUACUGAGUCUGUACUCUUUUUAAAUUACAUGGUUAUAGAAUUAUCAUCUAAAAGUUAAUGGAUUAAAAUAACUACAUGCCAUUACAAUACCGUAAAACAAGUCGAGGCAAAACAACAGUGUUUCUUUGUUGCUAUAUAUCCGUGAAGGCAAUUAUGCAAGCACUCGGCCAUUUUCAUUAUAAUACAUUGCAAAAUAAUGAAAGCAUAUUUAAAACAGUGACAUCAGUAGGAAUCAAACCAAACACUUUCAUGAACAUUAUAUCACAAUGUCACUAAACUGACUUUGCUAUUACAGAUGUGACGACGCCAAUACAUUUAGCUAAUUUGACCUACUAAACAUUAGUUUUAUACCCCAUACUAAUUCUCGUAAACUACACGGACUUAACAGACAUGGGAUUGAGUAUUUAAAUGAGUGCUAUAAUAUAUCCAUAUUUGACAGGGCAGUGCAAUCAGGCUGUAGUAUAAUCUAUUGUCUACACUGCAACGCAACUUUAUCUUUUAAUUCGCUUAUUUGUCACUGUUCAGCGUUUUCCAGCAAUCAACUUCAGUAAAUUUACAGUGACUGUGAUGACAAUUAAUAUUCAAUAUAAAGACUUCAAUCCCGGUAAUUGGCGAAACAGAAAUACAGCCGGAAGAAAAUUGUUUACAGAUGUUGCAUCACCAAUACUUUGUAUAAUCUCCUUGCACCUGGCUUAAACGAAAACAGACCAACAAACGUUUGUAUCGGUUGUACCAUAUACAUUUCUUUUUGAUGAGAAGUUACUUUAACCAAGAGCACUUAAUAACUGUCACUAUUUGAGAAUUCCUUAAAAGUAUUACUUGAAUGUUUGAAUGACACUCAUAACUUAAAACCGUGUUGUUUUUUUUCUCAUGACAUGACUGGGAAAUUUUCAAGACUAAUGCGCCAUUUGACGAAUAAAAAGAUAAAUAAAUUGCAUGCAAAAUUUCAAACAUUUUGCUUAUUCCGUUUGUUUUUUAGGUGAUCUACGUAAGAAAUUUAAGAUUUGUGUGUUUUAAGCUUUUUGACCUCGGUGGAGUUUCUUCAGGAAAUAAAAAUGAGUUUUUUUUGUACGGAAAUCGAAUUUUAUUAAAGGAAGUCUGAAUAAAUAACUUUUAUUAUUUAUCAAUUCGUCUUCUUUAUAAGUUUUUAUUAUCUUAUUUAAGUAGAUAUGCAUGUAUAACUCUCUUGUGAAAAAUAAAGACACAUAUAAUUAGGAUUAUUGGAAAUACAGAGAAGGGCUAAUGCUGAUAUCACAUAAAUCGUUCACGUCCAAUAUUUUUCAGAAAAUUGCAACAUUGAAGAAAUUCAGCGCUACACAAUGUUAAUAAUCCGCACUCUGUCACCAGACUAACGUUUUCUUUUUGUAUCUUGAUUGACGUAAUUGAUACAUGGAAUAUGCUCCAUAACUCCCUUCAUUGUAUUGUAAACAACUUUCAAUAAGCUUGAGGCGUUCCAGCGGGGUCAAAUGAGGUUAAACACUAAGUCAGUUAGUUUUACUAAAGUGGAAAAAUUAACAAUUAAGUACCCACGGUCGCGUCCCUUUUGGUUUUAAAUUGUUAAUAUUUACUAAAUUAACACUAACAUGUGCAUAGCAGUUUAAUGCUUUGAAGCCUUGAAUUCCCGGAUAAAAGUUUUAUUUUAAUUAUAGUUUUUUUUCUUUAAAUUAUCUGCACAAACCAUUCCAGUUUGAUUAAAAGAAUAAAACAAAAUGUACAUAUUUACAAAUAUAAUUUUACGUGAAAAAGAUGUGCCUUUAAGAUAGAUAGAUUAAGAUGUAUAUAGAUCUAAAUUUUUGAGUAACUGUACAGAAUAUCUUAUUUGUCAAAUUAUUGUGUUUUUUGGCACAGAUAAUUACAUGUAUUUUUGUGACCUUUGUAUAUAUUAUAUAGGAAAGUUACAUAUAUUCAGGUAACAUAGCAUACAAGAAUACAUUCAGAAGGAUGAAAGUUGAUCCAUUUAUACAUAAUAUAUACAUUUCAUAUUUUUUAUCAUCUUUGUUUCUGUUUGAAGUAAUGCAUACUUCGGUAUGAUGUUGGUUUAUAUUAAUAUUAUGUUGCAAAAUGACUAUUUUGUUAUUUCUAUAGCAUCACAAACUGGUGAACUUAAUUGACUUUUUGUAAAUUUGUUACGUAAAAUGUAUGUAACAUCUGUUAUAUGUAAGACUGAAUACACAAGCGUCACAACACUUUAUGGGUGGCGUUUAGACUACCCUUGUCCGUUUGUCGGUCCGGACGAGCAUUCACUUUGGGUUACGGGGCUAUAUAACGUUAAGGAUAACAAAAGAGCUAUGUGCUAGUAGACCUUAAGCAGACCUUAAGAAAAUAACAACGAAAAUUACCCCUAAUCACAAAAUGUUCGAAUGUCGGUCCUUCCGUCCGUUCUCCAUGUUGUGUCGCAUGUAAUUCAAAAAGUAUUUGACUAGAGUCAUGAAACUUACAGGAAUGUUGUUCAACGUGUGACGUUGUAAACCUGGGGUUUCAAAUUAGGUCGUGUGUAACUCAAUAUGUAUUUGACCUCAAGUUAUGAAACUUUGGUUGGCAUGUGUAUUUGUGCACCUAGGGUUCGAAUGUGAAUUUUGUCAGUGUAAAGUGUAAUUGCCAUUGACUAAGUAAAAACUGUUCCAUUAUGUUGUGUUAUGUGUUUCUUGAUCGGUAAGUUAGAAUCAACCAUAUUUACAGGAAAAAAGAUCACCAUCACUGUGAAACUGUGCACCUAGGGUUUUGCAUGUUUUACAAGAAUGAAAGUUUACAAUAAUGAUAGUCAGCAUGUGCACCUAUGCACCUUUGUGUUUGCUUGUGGAUUUAUUCAGUAUUUAUAAAAUUCGUUCUGUUGACUUAGUUAAACAUUUUUUAUUUUUUAACUUGUGUCAAGUGUCGCCCAAAAAUAUUCGAACCAGACUCAUAAAAUUGACAAAACAUUACCGUGUAUGGCCACGCGUGUCCUGUGGACACAUUUCUAGUUUUUGUUAUGCUUGAAACACAUGGUGCGUCUUUUAAUAAUAAGAAACCUUUUUAUUUUUGCGGGUUUGCAUUUAAGCGAAGAAUAUAUUGUUAAAAGAAAUAAUGAUAAAUCAUAUUUUUUUUUUUUAUAUUAUUUGAAUUUCAUUUUCAUAAUGAUUUAGUAUAGAGAACAUGUAUCUUCUGUUUAUUUAGUUCCCAUGAAACCAUGGUGCUAGUGAUAGUUUUUAUGAUUUUGGCUGUCCCUCGUCUUUCUGUGUUAUUUUAUAACUUUAUUUAACCCUGAAACCAUUUGGGCAGAUCUGAGAAUCUUUGCGUAGGCUAUUCCUUGCAUUAAGAUCAUUAAAGUUUGAAGAAUUUCUCUGAGGCAAGCGCAAGUCCUAGAGUUUAGACAUUUGGUUUGUAGCGUUUUAUAACAAACUUUAACAAAUUUGUUCAUAUCAAGCUGUUGAGUCAGAUUUGUCCCUAUCCCGGGGUUUUAUUAUAUAUAGCCAGAGUUUCAGACUGUCGAUUUCAAUCUGCCUUUGUUCUGCAAGAUACUAUAAAAAAAAACUAACGAGUACGAAUAAGCGCUAAUGAUUUGAAUGAGCAAAGAAAUCUACAAACGCCUGAAAUACAAUCUUAUUUAUAUAGAAAAAUCUUUCAAAAUUGUUAAAGGUCAAUGCUCAGAAGCGUGCAGCGAUAAUAAACCAGAGUUUCUUAUAACUAAUUUUAGGUGGACAGUUUUUUUUAACAAAAUUUAAUAAAAGAAAAAAAAUGUUAUUAUAAUUAUAACGAUAAUACUGUAAGUACUGACUUUUACAAUUUUCGAUGUUAAAACAUAUUUUAUUAUUUUGUGAAUUUAUGUUGACAGCUUUUUUGAUAUCAUAUUCAAUAUAUUUAAUAAAAUUGAAAUUAUGAAACAACAUCGAUUUUUAUUUUCAGUUGUUAUAUACGUUAAUUUGUAACGUUGUAAGGUGCCCUUAGGAUCUGUAGCUGUUCCUCCUGUGGCAAAGAUCAUAAUGUGGUACCACUACUGGGUAGUCCAACAAAAGAUCAAAUUCUACAAAUGUUUACACAAUUGACUAAAUGUACACUGUAUUUUCAGAAGUAUUUGAAGUUGUAAAAAAGCAAAGUGGUGAACAGAAUAUGUUUGAAUUACUUAUUGAUGAAGGUUCAAUAUAUAUUAAAAAAGGUCAACAAUGAUAGAAACAUAUUGACUUAUGAGAUCUUUAAAUAUGAGCCAAUCAAACUCUGCCGAUUAUUAAAGUACCUACACAAAAACUGACCGUAUAAUAAAUGUACCUAUAUAUAAAAGAAAGGUAAGAUUGCCGCAAUAUGAAGGCACCAGUAUCAGUGUAGCAAUACCACGUGACCGUGACGUCAUUUUUGACAUCAUUUCCAAGAGAAAACCUGCACGCUUCAAAGGGGAAAAUGGUCUUAAGUAUUUUAUUUCUACACCAAUUUCUAUGGAAUAUGCGCCAGUCUACGAGGAAAAAUAUUAGCUUUCCGCGGAAUAUUAGAUGUCAAUUUGUAGAAGAGCCAUUUAAUCAAACACAAUUUAUAACCUUGGAAGUUGUUUGUAUACGAGCGGACUGCAGUUGCAAUACCGGGAAUAUCAAAGGCAAAAUCUUGCAUUAAUAUUUCUAUUUUGUUACAAUUUAUGGCGUAAAUCUUACCUUUUCUCAAAUUGUAAAUUCUGGCACCAGUUAAAAGCCAAAAUAAACGGACUACAGUUUAAAGCAGUUUUCAGAAUUAACUGAAAAUUCCAAGCAGCAUCUUUUUCUAUAAUUGUGUUAGCUACGGAAGCUAAAUUCAAUUCUGAUCAUAUGGUUAAGUGUAUAUAAUAUGAAUUUCUUGAUAUGUGCUUAUAAAUCUUAAUUUAUUUUACAAUUUAUUAAGUAGCAAGCUCGUUUAGGAUGUGAGAGGUAUGAGGUUCAAAUCCCAGUCAAGGGACUAUUUGAAGUGUCGUUUUAGUGUGUUUUAUAUUUUUAAACUUGGUUACUUACAUAAUAAGAUAUUUCUUUAUUUAAGCUUAUUGAAUUUCCUACAUACGAGCACUGGUUUUACUUGCUGGAAAAAUAUGUCGUUUUUAACCAUGUGAACAGGGGAGUUUCUUUGACGCUCAUGCAUUUAUCUAAGACCGAGAAAACGUUAAACACAUUGAAUACUCGUUACUUAUAGUCACUCGGUACAAUGUAUAACUCCAAAAUAAAAACAAAGACAUAGAUAAUAGACAUAGACAUUUUUCAUAUGCAAAAAUAAUUCUUCUGAAUAUGACAGGGUGAUUUAAAUUUGAGCAAAACUUGAAAGAUGGUAAGUGGCACUAAAAUAAAAAUAGCAAUAAAAAUCGGAUAAUGAAAUUCUUAUAGGUGACCAUUAGGGUCCGUAACCCUUAAUACAAUUUUUCUUAUACAGGUUAAUAGUUUGCAUGUUCCCUCUUUAUCUUCCAUUAUUACUUAAAAUAUUAUAUUAUUCCUUAAAUAUUUUAUCUAUUAUCUAUUUUACAUUGUCUCUCUCUCCAUCCGUCCCUCAUUCUCUCUCUCUCAAACAAAACCCCUGAGUGGACACAAGGGCGGCAAAAGGAGAGGGACAUGUAAUAUGUGAAAUAAUAUAAACUAAAACGGACUCAUAUGGGAAUCAAAUGAAUAAGGCCGCUAUUCCAUUUAUACGUGAUCAGUGGUCCGCGUCCGUCAUCCGCGUCCGGAAAUGAUUCGCUAAUCAAAGAAUACGUUGAACCUAUUCCUUUUGUCCAUUUACCAUCCGCUUCCGCGACGGCAUCAGCGACGUUUCGCGGGAUGAGCGAAUUUUUACGGACGCGGACAGUCACCGGAGAGAUCCCGACAGGACAAGAUGCCACGAACGAAGAUAAAUGCCAUGUUAAUUUCGAAAAAUAAUACAGAAAAGCUCAUCGAAAUAGUGCGAGAGAUGAUGCAUCUCUAUCAGACUAUAAAGACACGCUGGUGAUAAAAAACAUAUGGUCUUCGGUAGCAAAAGAGAUGAAAAUCCAAGACUUAACUGGUAUUUAAUGUUUGUUUCUUGAUGGUACAAUUAUUGUUCAUUUUAUACAAGACAUUUUCUUAGUUUUCUAUGUUACAAUUAAAGAUUUGCAUAGUUAUCUGUUGCAUAAAUCAAUAAAGUUUAUUAUUCAGAGUGACA